AUGGAUCGUCAUUCAACUCCUACACGAAGCGACCUGGAGUGCAUGCUACGUGAUGAAAAGGCAGAACCGAAGGCCCUGCCAUUAUCACUCCUGGAAGAUAUCACUAAUGGAUUUUCUGAGGAGCGGGAAAUUGGCAGAGGUGGAUUUGCAGUGGUCUAUAAGGGAAUGCUUGAGAAUGGGGCGGCCGUUGCGGUGAAGAGGAUAUCCAUACCAUUUAUGUUUGAGAAAGAAUUCCACCGAGAGGUUGAAUGUCUGAUAAAGGCAAGUCACCAAAAUGUGAUACGAUUUAUUGGAUAUUGUGCUGACUCACAAGGGAAAGCUGAAAGCUACGAUGGAAAAUUUGUGAUGGCAGAUGUACAACAAAGAUUACUCUGCUUUGAAUAUCUACCCCACGGAACUCUCGAUAAGUAUAUCACUGAUGUAUCUUGUGGACUUGACUGGAGAAAACGUUACAGGAUAAUCAAUGGGAUUUGCAAGGGAUUACACUACCUCCAUGAAAAUCGAAUUCUUCACCUGGAUCUUAAACCUCCAAACAUUUUGUUGGAUCAUAAUAUGCUACCAAAAAUUGCUGAUUUUGGUUUAUCAAGACGCUUUGAUGAAAAGCAAAGCCGGGCUAUUACUGCGAAUAUGUGUGGAACAUUUGGAUAUUUGGCACCAGAAUUCGUUAAUGGUGUAAUCACGUACCGGUUUGAUCUGUACAGUCUUGGUGUGAUAAUUAUAGAGAUACUCACCGGAAAGAAGGGGUACCACGAUGUUGAUGAUGUAAGAACAGUUUGGGUCCUCUUUCAGAAAAGAGCUCGACUUCAAAACUAA